GUGCGGAUGUACCUGUAGAUUCUAGAUCUAUGUGUCUUCGGCUUCACCAAGAUCAAGUUGUAUUAAAGACAUUCACUGCACUGUAUAUUUAGACUUUGAUUUUUGCUAAGCCUAAUGAAUAAUGUACUAAAAAUAUAGUAUACCCUUAGGUCUUUAGCUAUCAGUAGGCCUAUAAUAUAUGGGCAAAUAUAUUCACAAUAGGCCUACUGUGUCUGUGAACUGUGGAGUCAGGAAAGGAGAUCUAGAUCUGCAGCAAGUGUCCGAGACCGAGUUAGCAAACAAUUCAUCUUCACUUCAGUUUGACUGAACGAACAAGCAUGAAUGUGACAAGGGACACUUUCAUCCGAGAACUCCCCUUGAGUGCUAUAAGAAGGCUAGCUCUAUGCCUUGACCAUCAGAUUGGGUCAUACAUGGACUGGAGAGGCAUGGCUGCUCUGUUGCCACGGCGACCAGGUGUCCAAGAACUCAAGUAUAACACCCAGCAAAUAAGCAUGUUUGCACUGGCAUUGCAGAGACCAGGAGGUAGUCCUACAGAGUCGGUCCUACAGGACUGGGGCACCACUAAUGCUAGGGUAUCGGAUCUUCUCAGGGUGUUUGGUGAAAUGCAUCACCUAGCGGCCAUGGAUGCUCUUCUACCAGGUUCUAGUGCAGACGUUUUACGAGAGGAGCCAGAGGCAGCUGAUGGUGCAGCAAACAUUCAUCCAUGGACUCCAUCAACACCUCCUAAUAUACCUCCCAGACCAGGGGCAAAACCAGUACCCAAAUCGGAGUACCCAGCAGACUCGACAACACUACCGAACUUUGAUCCCCAAACAGUUCAGAGGUUUAGCUUUGAAGAGCUAUCAAGCAUGACGAAAGGCUUUAAUCAGAAGAAGGUCAAAGAUGGAGGUUGUCUCAUCGAUGAGGGAGGAUUCGGAGUUGUCUUCAGGGGUAGAUUCUCAGGAGAAGAACCUUGUGCUGUGAAAAAAUUAAAAGAGCAUGUGAUGUCUGAAGAGAUUAGUAUAGAGGAGCAGUUUAAUAGUGAACUCAAAUCCUUAUGCAGACUGAGGCAUCCAAACCUUGUAAUACUGUAUGGCUACUGCUAUGAACCACCUCAACUCUGCCUGGUUUAUGAGCUAAUCACAGGGGGUGCACUGAGGGAUCGUCUAGCCUGCAGGGAUACUACAUGUACUCCUAAGCCCCUGUCUUGGCCAAAGAGACUUGACAUCGCAUGGGGCUCAGCAUGUGGGAUACAAUUUCUACAUGAUAAGGGCUUCAUUCAUAGAGAUAUCAAGAGUGCCAAUAUUCUCCUUGAUGCAAAUCUAACGCCCAAGAUCUGUGACUUUGGGCUGGUUCGGGAUAAGUCUGGCAAACUGAAAGGUGAAAUAUCUUGUUUCCAUACUAGCAUCACUAUUGGUAGUACAGCAUACAUGGCACCAGAGGCCAACUAUGGUGAAUACUCUAAAAAGACAGACGUUUACAGCUUUGGACUGGUUCUCCUGGAGAUUCUGACCGGUCUACCUGUGUAUGAUGACGAUUCACACAUCAUGACUAAAGUGGACAAUAUCAUGGACAGUUGCAACGAUGUGGUGUUACUGAUAGACAAGCAUGCGGAGAUGUGGAAUGAAAAGUCAGCCCAAGUGAUGUAUGACCUCGCUUCUCGGUGCACGGAGCAGAAGGGUAGGCGUAGACCAGACAUUGAAGAGAUUGUUGAACGAUUGGGGGCUGUGCAAGAGGAGAUACCAACAAAGUAACUGUACUACCAUAGUCAUAGAAAGAAAGGUGUUAGUAAUGCAUGCAGUGAGAUAUAUGAGGGUGAUUAUCUGAUGCAAUGUAAUCAUGUAGUCACUUCAUUCAUGCAGCUGAAAAUCAUGUUAAAAACCCAAUGGAUUCAGAAGGGAAAUGUUAUGAAAUCAUCUAUGGUGGUUCACUGCAUGAAAAAUCAUGAAAAUCAUGUCGGCUUAACUUUAGAAUAUAGUAAUCCACUAAUAAGUGUAUUUUAAAGUUCUCAUAACUUUUUGAAAGUGAUAUUAAAAAAACCAAGACUUUUGUUGCAAGUAUAACAGAUUAGUCUUGAUAAUUUGCAGUUUAUUCCAUUUAAUGACAUUGAUAGAUUUCAAGUGGAGUAUUCAUAACUUUAACAAUAAUUAAUAGGCAAGAAAAAAAAACUGUUUAUCAUUGCUGAACUGAUCUGGUAGAAUAUUCUUUAUACACUGUAAAUAAAAUACAAUGUAUAGAACUUAAAAAUAAUAUCAACAUAUGUAUGAAUAUUCAAAGACCAGAGCAACAGAAAAACUCUUGUUGUGUAACAGGGUCAAUAAGAAGGUAGACUAUUGGAAGUUAUUUUGUUAGCAUUACAAGUAAAUUGUUUUUAAUUUUACAUUUACAUUAUAACAGACAAUGAUGUGCCAGUAUGUAUAUGAUAUAUAUAUAUUUUUGGAAGAACAGGUUAUUUUAUCUUGCAAAACUAAUGAUGCAAAUAUUUGUUAGAAUGUGAGUUUUUAAUCGGAUUGGAAGUUAAGAUAAUAGGAAUAAUUUUGUCUUCUUGCCCUGUAUUGUUUAUUCAAUGUAAUCAUAUAAAUGUAUUUUUUUUAAAUUGUGUAUUUGACAUUCCACAUCUCAGAGUACAUCUCAUACAAAUGUGUGUCCUUCCCCAAGAAGAUUUUGAUGUUUUCAGUGUAUUGAACAUUCAAUGCUGCCAUAAAUUUUGUUGUACUUGUGAUUAAGGAAAUAGAUUAUAUUUGUACAAAUAUAUUUCAGUGUUUUUUUCUUCUGUAUAUCUUAUCUAGGAAAUAAUGUGUCACCAUGGUAGUGCCAUGCUACCUCCAUCAUUAUUUUUAGAUAUCUUUACUCUACCUAUUAAGUAUCAACUUAUCUUUUCUUGCAUUUAAAACAUAUAUAUUGCUACUUCUUAUAUUCAAAGUCCUUCCAUCUCUCAUCGUUUGUUGAAUCAUUCCUCAUUUUAUUGUUUCUAACCAACAUAUAUGUUUGACUCUUUUGCAUGUAAUUGUGCCUUUUGAACCACUAAUAAUUCUUUCCUCUGAAAAAUUAUCCAAAGAAUAGUUCAAGUGCCUUGGUUUGUCUUUAGGAGAAGUGUAACUGAACAGUUUUUUUCUCAUUCCUUUUUGGAAAUACUGUAGAAGUAUCCUUCAAGCAUGAUCCAUGUGUAAUAUGUUGUACAUAUCACAUGUAGAUUUCCUUUGAAAAUAUAUCAUAAUUUUUAAGUUUAACAGCUUUGAGUUUGAAAUGCACUAAAUAAUACUCUGGGUUUAUAUAGUGCUGCAAUACAGCAAAGAUGUCUCUAUUGGCUUUACAGUUAUAUUAUUACCCCGGUCAUCAGAUUUCAGAUUUGCCCGCACACAAAGUAUGCACAUUCUCCACACCCUGGGGAACAUUCAAGCCAGGUGCCAUUCUACAGAUGCUCUAAAUGCUGAGCAAAGUACUGUGAGUUUUGUAUCCUAACAGAUGCCCAUUUAACACCUGGAUGGAGAGUAACAACUGUGGAUCUUGCCAUAGGACGUUAGUACCAAGCUGGGAUUGGAACCCUCAACCCUUGGAUGGAGAGUCAAGUGAAUGAACCACUAUACCACCAAAACCUCUAUCAUGUUAUAAUACUUUAACCCCUCAGUAAUACCUUACCCUCUCAGUAAUAAUUAAAUAGUUGACAAGAUAGUAUAAUAUGUUCCUUUAUGAUAACUAAAAAUGUGUGGAAAUGUAUUGUCUAUAUUAUUCUUGUAAUUUUGUACCCGUUGUCAGAAACUUGAAAUCAAGGAAUACCCUUAUAAAAAUGCACUUCUAAUUAUCAUUGAUAUUUUUAAAAAUGGCAUAAACUUCAUAUGACACUAGAGGGCUUCCCUGUUGGUAUGUGUAUCUGUGGAAGAGGUUAAGGUAAUUGGAGUAAUAUCAUUAUAGAUCUAUAUUCCAAAGAAUAUUCUAAGCCAUCUUUACUUGUACAGUAAUUCAAAUGACUCUUUAUUCCAAAGACACGUUUUGAAAUGUUGAUAUCAUUUCUAUGAAGGUAAAAAAAAUAAUCUCAUUCCACAUAUAAAUACGUUUGAAUAAAAUUCAUGAUAACAUUUAUUCUGUAAA